GAAGGCUAUAGAGACUUACCGACUGUACUAUCCGAAACCUAUUUAUUAAAGAGUUCAAGCAUACGAUUCCUCUCAAGUCUUUUGGCAGGUUUAGGCGUGUCGCCAAUCAUGUCUGAUCCGUACGAGAGAGUGAAAGGAGGGAGACUGACCUUCAAAGGUGGAACUCUCGCCACUGUGAAAUCCAUCGACAAGAAGAAGAAGAAAAAGAAAUCGAAGAAAAACCUAACCGAUGAAGCUCAGGCUUCGGAAGUCCCCAACGAUGGCUCUGUCGUCGACAAAGACAACGGUGAAAACGCGGGAGAGGUUUUCACCAUCGAUCCUGCGAAGCGAUUGAAGUACGAUCAGCUCUUCCCCGUCGAAGCCAAGAAGUUUGGAUACGAUCCCAAGUCGGUUUCAAAGUCAGUUGAAGAUGCUCUAGAUGAUCGAGUGAAGAAGAAGGCUGAUCGAUAUUGUAAAUGAGAAAUAGAAAUCAAAAUUUAUGUUGUUUCGUCGGUUCCAGAAAGAAGUGAAGGCCAGAAUUUUGGAGCAGUACUCACGCCUUUCUUCUCAACCUCAAAUGACUCCACUGGUCUGCAACUCGAGUUGCAGCAGUACCUCUGUCUGAGAAAACCAAAUCCUCCAUGGAACCGUAGGCCCUUGCCCUUUGCUCCAUUCUUCUCCAUUUCCAUUUCUAGUGCCCGGCGACCAAGGGUGAGCAUCAAUACCCCUGCUCCCUUCCUCUUCUCUGUUUCUCUUCCUAUCGCUUGUUGAAAACCCAGUCGAGGGAGAUUGCAAUGGUGGGAGGGCGAUUGCAAUGGCGAGAGGCAACAUCUCCCUACUUCUUCUCCUACGUUCGGCCAGCCGCUACUCUUCUAUGUAAGUAUUUUCUGAAUGAAAUGGAUGCAUAACUCACUCUCUCUCUCUCUGUAAUUUUUUCUUCCAUCACUGUUAAACAAGCAAUCCAGUUGGAGAUUAGGGACAUGUUGACAUUGCAUAAUGAUGAGGCGUUUUAAUUGCUUCUAUUCUUCCCUCUUUUGGCCUUUACUUCAAGUCUUUUUAGUCAUUAAGAGCAGCAGUACCUCCGUCUGAGAAAACCAAAUCCUCCGUGGAACCCUAGGCCCUUUGCUCAAGUUGGAGACUAGGUUCCUUUCUUCCUUUCUUUCUUCUGCCAUAUCCCUUUAUUUCUUAGUUUCGUGGGUCUCUUUGGAGAUAUAUGGAGGAGAAUCGGUUGUUUCAGUAUAGGCGAUAAGCACAACGAUAAUUCGAGGGCUUCGAGAGAAGGAUAGACAAGGUGAGCUAAAACCCUAGAAGGAGACCAGCCACUGAAUUUAGGGAAGAAUUCAAGAUAAGAGAUAGAGGAAAGAAGAAGAGCAAAAGAUGAGAUUGAGAUAAUGGUGGCAUGACCAGAAGAAGAAGAAGACAAAUGGAUCCACCCAGCUUCGGAUAAGGAUUUCAGGGACAAGAGGUAGAUAUUUUUUUUAAAUAAAAUUUCUGUAAGAAACGUUUUCAGAAACAACUGUUAUCAAACACCCAAAAAUCUGUUUCUGAGAAGCGAAUUUAUGUUUCUACUGUUUCUGGGCAAGAGGUAGAUACUUUUUUAAAUAAAAUUUGUGUAAGAAACGUUUUCAGAAACAACUGUUAUCAAACACCCAAAAAUCUGUUUCUGUUCUCAGAAACGCGAAUUUAUGUUUCUACUGUUUUUGGGCACAGAAAUGGCAGAAACAUUGUCAAACGGGCCCUUAGUUGUUUGAAAAGGCAAUGCGAAGAUUAAAACGUGAAAAAAACAGGACCAUGUGUGGCACAUAGAAUUGAGAAGCUGCGAUGUGAUGUCUUAUGGAAUGGUAUGGAAGAUGUCUGCAUAUACCACUUACUGGAUUUGAAUAGAGAAAGUCAGGCAAAGGAAAUUGAGGCUUGGGGUUGAAGGAAGGUAGUUAGGCUCAUGAAUGUUGUGAUUACUGGAAAUUUGUAAUGGAGGUGCGACUGGAAGUGGGGGGAAAAGGUUAUAGAGGUUUAGGAUUGAGCCAGCCUGUGGGGGUUGAUUACUCUAUUUAAGUAUGUGUCUGAGGGGUUGGGGUGGAUGAGGUCAGUGGUUGUCUCAUAUGGCUGCUGGUCUGGUAUGUAGUGGGACUAGGGGUGGAUCAGUUUUUGGUGUGAUGUGGAGAGGAUUCCCUCAGUAGUAAGUUUCCAGAACUAUGUUCUAUCAGCCCAGAUACGGAGGCUUAGGUGAAGGACCUAUUCUGAGUAGAGUUGUUGAAGCGUAUGGCUUUUGCAAAUGUGAUGGAGCCUUAAUGAGCGGAGAUGGCUUUAAUGGUGGAAAUGCGGCUGCACCAGACGAAUGUGUCUGGAGAAGAGAAUGAUGUAACACUCUGGAGCUUGAGCACUGCAGGCUGAUUUUUUUUCAGUGUUGCUUUGCGCUUUGUUGUACGUUGGAAGCAACCUUUACUAUGGAACUCAUGUAGAACUCUAUUCUGUCACCUCAAAUAAAACUCACUGCAUGGACAGCAGGGAUGGAUAAAAUUUUAGCAGUUGAUCACAUGAUUGGUAGGAGUGGAACCUGUCAAUCUGACUGUACAAGCAUGAAUCUGUCAACAGUUUAGUUGUACAAAGUAGUUUUACGAAGGAAGUUCUGCUGCUGGUUGACAUGCAUUGGCCAAUCCCUACAUCUGUGGUGAGCUAUUGUAACACUAAAAGCAAUAUCAAAGGUGAUUUUAGCCAUAUUUUUGGGCAUCUGGUUGACUAGAAAUUUGGAAAUUUUAAAGACCAAGUCUGGUCUCUUGGUUCUGUAAUGUGAGUGACGAAGUGGCCUUGGUUGAGGUGAAUAUCUUAUUAUGACAAUUUAGGUUGAUUAACUUUUUCUGAAAUGACUGGAGGAAAUUGGAAC